CUGUUCACUGGCUUAGAAACCAAGUAAUGUCAUAUACUUCCUUAAACUCAUGAUAAACAGCAGAGUCGUCAGGCUCCAACUUUAUACCUGUGUUUCUCACGGUUCAUUAACAACUGAAGACGGGAGUCAUUCCAAGCUAAAUAUGUUUUACAGUCAUUUCUGAUCUUUAUCAUUUUAUAACGAGAUCUAUUAAGUGUCUGUAAUUGCUCUAAUAAUCAAUAAAUAAAAGUCAGACACGUCGUUCCUCUUUGAUUAACUUCACGUUGUAAACUUGUCACAUCUGUCUGUGACGUUCUGUCAUUCCUGAUUUAAGGACAAUGACUGCAGACUACAAAAUAUUUACAGGCAUACCGUAGCAGUUGUCACCACGACGGCUGUAAAUCCUGAAGCUCGGCUCACCUGUCAUUCAUUAGUUUCGCCUCUUCGUAGGUGUGGUGGAUUAAAACCAAAGCAGAGUGAUUCACAUGUGCCCUGGGAUACACCUCCUCCGCCCAGACUUGGAAUGCUUGGCAGCUCUCAUACAAAGAAACCUGUUGUGCAUGCAAAAAAAUAUAUUCACGAGUGCCUUCAUGUGUGCAUGAGCUCAAAAUUGGGAGUGGUGUAAUCAGGUAGCUUCACCUGCCAAGGCAGCUUUCAGUGCGUCGACCUUUACUGAAGCUGUCUGCAUGUCGCAGUCGACCGAAAGAGAAGACGGUUCAUGAUCUCUGCUUCAAAGACCCGAAACUGUCGAGUAACUAUGAGUGAACACUUGAGAGCGAGCUACUAUGGCUCCUCUCCCCAAGAGCUCAGACUUGUUCUUCUGGGAAACAUCGGAUGUGGAAAGACGGCAUCGGCAGACACCAUCCUGGGUCAGCUGUCCCCCGUCUCUCCCAGCGCCUCCAGGAGCUGCCGGCUGCGACAGGGCGUCUCUGACGGCCGGAGCCUGACUGUGGUCGAGGCGCCGAGGUGGUACUGGACUGGUGGCAAGAUGGAGGACAGCGUGAGGAAGGAGACGGAGCGAGUGAUGGAGCUGGCAGCACCAGGCCCGCAUGCUAUUCUGUUGCUGGUGCCUGUCAGCCAGUUCACAGAGAUGGAGGGUCGUGUGCCUGCAGAGCUGGAGGAGGUGUUCGGGGCCGGUGUGCUGGAUCACACCCUGGUCCUGCUGACCUGUGGGGACUACUUGAUGGGAAGAAAAGUGGAGGACUACCUGCAGAAAGAACACCCGGGCCUGAGGCAGAUAAUCGAUCGCUGCGGGGGGCGGUACCACGUCAUCAGUAAUCGACAGCGACAGGACAGGGAGCAAGUCCUCGAGCUGCUGGAGAAGGUGGACAACAUGGUGAAGAAAAACGGGGUGUACCUCGUGAAAACAGCCCAGGAGAGAGAUCUGGAGAAACGAGUGAGAGACAGAAAGCGAGAGCUUCUGGAAAGUUACAGAGCUCAAAAAGAGGAGAGAGGAAGAGAGACUUCAACGCACAUCCUAAACACAGAAACACAGAGCAGCGUCGAGAGGGCAGAGGAGUGUAUCAACACCUCGGAGAGGAGGAGACGAGAAGAGAGAGAGAGUGAUGCGAUGGAGGAAAGAGUGAGUGUGAGGCAAAGAUCUAACGGGCUGCGUUCAACUCCAGCGCCAGAGCGAGAGCGAGAGCCGCCUCCUGACAGGGAGGUGAAGAGGACGCCCAGUUUCAGACUGAAUGCAGAUGGAGCUAUACUCUCACAAAUGUCUGAGGUUAGAUCUCCUAGAGUGAUCACUACCUUUCACCACAGAAUCAACAGCUUUGAAGAGAAAUCCCCCGAGACGUCUCCGACCUCCACUUCACGUUCGCCCGUCUUCGCAUCUUUCCCCUCCACGCCAACCUUUGCCCCCGCUCCCUCCUCUCCAUCCUCUUUCCCUUCAUCCACCUCAUCCACGUCAUUCCCUUCAUCCACUAAAUCCUCAUCAUCCUUCUCAUUCCCAUCCUCCGCCUCGUCCUCCUCAUCUUCUCCCGAGUUGCGUCUGGUGCUGCUCGGGCGGUCUGGAGCAGGGAAGAGCACGGCUGGCAACAAAAUCCUGAGGCGGGACGAGUUUGAGUCAUACCCGGAAAGCUUCACAGCGAUCACUCAGGAGUGUGAGAAAAAGAAAGCUGUGGUUGAAGGAAGACGAGUGGCGGUGGUGGAUACCCCAGACUGGUUCAAUUCGGAGCAAACUCCAGAUGAGGUGCGAGCUCAGAUCUCCUCCUGUGUGGCGUUGUCCAGUCCUGGUCCUCACGCCUUCCUCCUGUGCGUCCCCGUGGACCAGCCUGCAAAGACGGAGCUGCAGGCUCUCAGAGCCCUCGAGUCUGUUUUCGGCCCCGAGGCCGUCCAGAAACACACUCUGGUCCUCUUUACUUAUGCAGAUCGGCUGAGGGAGAGCGGGAAGGCGGGAAGCAACAGCGUGGAGGCGUACAUCGCCGGACAGCGGGAGGAUUUGUUGACGCUGGUGGAGAAAUGCAGGGACAGGUUUCACGUGAUGGAGACGGGAAGAGAUUGGAGGGAGAGGAAGAAUGUGGCAGAGCUGCUGGAGAAGGUGGAGCAGACGGUGAAGGAGGCCGGAGGACAGUGUUACUCCUCGCCUGCUUUUCAGGAGGCCGAGAACAGAGUGAGGCAGAAACAGGUGGAGAUAGCACGGCAGAAAAAGGGGAAAACAGCAGAGGAAGAAAGACGAGGCGUCGUUAGACAGCUGAGCUCUGAGAGGCGGCUGCUUUAUCCAUACAUGCAGCCUGUGGCUGAGGCAGAAGAGGAAGUGAGAGAGGAUGAGAUUGAGAAAACAAGGGAUGAGGCAGAGAUGAGUGUGAAAACCAUGAACAUCGAGAGCCUUCCUCCUGUUACGCUCUCCAACAUGUCGCCUUCACUUCUCCGUGCAAUCAUGGAGAAAAUGGAGUCCAGUGCAAAGAAUUUACCCAGGCUGUUGGCAGAUAGCUCUGCAUGGGUCAGCGAGGGAGCAAAGAAGGUGAAAGGUAGUCCAGUGUGGGGGACGGUCGGCAGCAGGGCCCACAACGUCCAGAAGAUGGUGGCUGAUAGUUCUGUGUGGCAGAAGGUGGGAUCUAGUGCCGGACAUGUGUCCAAACUCGUAGGAGAUAGAGUUCCCAAGGUAGUGGUGGAUGGUUCUGCAUGGGUGGGAUCUGGAGCCAAGUCAGCAGCAGCGAGUCCGCUGUGGGGAAAGGUUGGUUCAGGGGCCAAAUCAGGGGCCAAACUGGUGGCAGACAGCUCCAUGCGUAUCGGAGCCGGGGCAAAGAACCUGGCACAGAGUCCUGUGUGGGGAAAAGUAGGAUCUGGAGCCAAAACUGGAGCUAAACUGGUGGCUGACGGCUCCAUGCGAGUCGGAGCUGGAAUCGGUUCCGGCGCGAAGAAGGUGGCACAGAGCCCGGUGUGGGGGAAGGUGGGCUCCGGGGCCAAAGCAGGGGCCAAAAUGGUGGCAGAGAGCUCGGUGUGGGAGAAAAUCGGGACCACCGCUAAAAAGGUGCCCAAGGUAGUCAUAGCGGGUGCAGUGCUGGGUCUGGUGCUCGGCGUGUUUUUGGGGGGUGCGAUCGGCGGAGCUGUCGGCGCAGCUGCCGGAUCUGCGGUGUCCGAGGUGGGCCGGCGAAAACUCGGCAAGAAAAGCACGUUAGAGACGACGGAAGAGACCGAAAAGAACGUGGAGAGACGAGUGAACGACGGCGUGGACUCUCUGAUAACACAAGGAGAGAAAGAGUUGAAAACUGAAUGAUGAAAAUAAAAUUUGGAACAUUUGCUUUGGUUCAAAAACGGUGGCACAUUUAUUUACAUUUUUAUUUUGACAGAUUGUUUCAGGGCUGAUUUAUAAAAUGUGUCAGACUGCUUUCCAGAUUCUAGCUGUUUGUCUCACGCUGUGUGUAAGACGUGUCAAAUCCUGUAAAUUCUGUUAUUGUUGCCAAAUCCUUAUCGAGUGAGUCAUUAUUUCCCGUUUUUAUUCUACAUAUAACGUACACCAGUCAUCCUUUUAAUACUGUAAUGUAAUCGCCCAAUGGACUUCAUUAAAAAACAUCCAGUGUGAAUUUACUUUGUGUCUUUGUCCACUUUAAUUUAAGGCCACAGAC